AUGUCAAAGAAUAUCAAAACUCCGACGAAUCAAAAAAUCCUCACUAAUGUGGCAGUGGUGAGAAUGAAGAAGACUGGAAAGCGAUUCGAGAUCGCUUGUUAUAAGAAUAAAGUUGUCAAUUGGAGAAACAAAACCGAAAAAGAUAUUGACGAGGUGCUUCAAACUCAUACAGUAUUUUCCAAUGUUUCCAAGGGACAACUAGCGAAAAAAGACGAACUCAUUGCGGCGUUCGGUAUUGAGGAUCAGUUCGAGAUUUGUAAAAUUAUUCUCGACAAAGGAGACCUCCAAGUGUCCGACAAAGAACGUCAAGCAGCGUCUGAUCAGUCUCUAAAGGAAGUGUCUCAACUGAUCGCGUCAAUGGUAGUGAAUCCCGAAACAAAACGCCCUGUUCCUCCUUCAGUAAUUGAUAAGGCCCUCCAGGAAAUGCACUUUUCACUAAAACCCAAUCGAUCAUCGAAACAACAAGCACUAGAUGCGAUUCCAAAACUCCGUGAGACUAUCAAAAUCGAAAGAGCCAAAAUGAAGAUCCGGGUGGCGAUUCCAACGAAAGAGGCAAAGGCAGUUCAUUCGAAAUUGAAGGCAUUGUUCAAUGAGGUAGAGCAGGAUGAUUGGCAGGACGGAAGUUUGGAAAUGGUUGGUCUCAUCGAGCCAGGAUCCUUCCGCGCUUUGGACGACUUGGUACGAAAUGAAACUAAGGGACAUGGACGUUUAGAGAUUCUAAGCUUGAAGGAUGUCGUUGAAGGAGAACUUCAGAUUUCUUAA